UGGCCAACGUCAUCGAGUCGAAACUGCAGGUAGGCAAUUCAUAAAGGACGCUCAGACUUCAUUUGCCUUCACAAGUGUUCUCAUCUUGGAAGUGUCGACAAUUACGAAAGAGAAUUUGGAUUUUCUGAAAAUGAAGCUGUUAGUAGCAUUGGCCUUGGUUUCAUUCGCCGUUGGAGCGUUAUCGCAAUGUACUUGUGAGACUUCGAAAUGGGCCAUGUGUGAUGGCAAUCCGUGUCAGUGCAACCUGCUUGUGGGAGACAACGAGAAAGUACUUCUUGACUGCAAAAAGUUGAUCCCUAAAUGCUUCCUGAUGAAGGCUCAGAUGAGGCGGGCUAGGAAGGGCAUGGACACGCGUACCAUCGGUGGCAAGCCCGUGGAGACUGCCUUCGUGGACAACGAUGGAGUGUACGACCCGGACUGUGAGGCCACCGGCAAGUUCAAGGCCAAGCAGUGCAACGGUACCGAGGAGUGCUGGUGUGUGAACAGCGCCGGCGUGCGCAGGACCGACAAGGGAGACAAGAACCUCAAGUGCGAGGAGGUGGUGGAGACCCAUUGGAUGCGUCUUCAGAUGGUUCACAAGGAGCUGACCGGAGAGGUGAAGGAGGCUGAUUUGAAAUCUGGCCUCGAAACUGCCUUCCUCACCCGCUACCAGUUGCCCAAGGAGUACGUCAAAGAGAUUCAGUACGACAAGGAUUCCCGCAUGGUUGUUGUGGAUGUCAAGAAGGAGAUUGGGGACCGCAAAAUCGAUUUUGCCCCCUUUGGCUGGUACAUCGAGAAGGAUAUCAAGGAGCUGCCCCAGUUUCUGAAGCCUGGUGACUUUGAGGCCUCUGUUGGAGCCCAGAAGAUGCAGAUGGAGAAGAUCCUGGUGUACUACGUGGACGAGAAGGCCCCUACCUUCACCAUGAAGCACCUGACUGGCGGCGUCAUCGCAGUCAUCGUGGUGGUCAUCCUGGCUGUGCUCGCAGGCCUGCUGGUCCUGUUCUUCCUGAGGAGACGAGAGCAGGCGCGCUACAGCAAAGCCCAGCCCAGGGAGAUGGACAACAUGUAAUCAGCGAGUCAAAACGUUUUGGAAGUCUUGCCAAUAUAUUGAAGAUAUGUGAAAGUGAGAGCAUGUUACAUACAUGGACUUGUAGAUAUGCUGUAAUUUUACUCGGUUACAUUUUUAAAAUAACAAUUGGAUCUGUCCACACUGCCUGUUACAUUGUUGUGUACAGGUGCUCAAACAUAGCAGUAAAUUCAGGGUAUCCGUUACGUUUUAUCUGCUCUAUUCUCUGAAGUGUAGACAGUGGCUUGGAAGCAGUCAGAUUGUCUCUGUCCUGCUACUUUAACAUGUUUUCAGUAGUCAAGUCAGUUGGAUACCUGGGUAAUAUUACUGAGAAAUGUGUAGCUCCUGUGCUUGGGAGUUGAACGCAGGUUGAAUUGAACAGUUUGAAUGAUUUGAACCCCUGUUUUAUUUUACUCAUUUUGAUCCCUGUGUUCCUGCCUGUGUAAAGAAGAAUCCACAGUUUUGUGUACGCACACAUUUUGUAGAUUUUAAAUGUCCUGUUUUUAAUAUUCUUAAGGAGAGUUUUAAAGUUUUUAAUUAAAACUAUGUGCUGUACAGUGUGUUUGUUAUUUGUAAUUUUUAUAUAAUAAAUGGUGUUUUGAAAAUUGUGA